CGAUUCGACCAAAAAUAACACCCACUCCAACCACCCAUGAAAACAACACCUUCUCUUAAAUACCACAUAAGUAAUCCUUACAGAAAAUCAAACCCACAACCACAGACUCGAAAAAGCCUCAAGUUGACCGAAAAGAUCGAUCAACAUGGUGUCUGCUUCCACAACUGCAAUGGCCGAGAAGAUUUCUUGGUAUUGUGCUUUGUUCUUGGCCCUGAUGCUGGUUUUAAGCUGCUGUCAAUCAAGCGAAAGCGAAUUCAAUUCGAGAAUGCUACAAGUCCAAAGGAGUCGUUUGAACAAGCCGUGUGAUGAAAUUUACGUGGUUCAUGAAGGCGAGACGCUGCAAACGAUUAGUGAAAAAUGUGAAGAUCCUUACAUUGUUGAAGAGAAUCCACACAUUCAUGACCCUGAUGAUGUUUUCCCUGGCUUGGUCAUUAAGAUUACUUCAUACAAAUAAGGGUACGUAGAUAUUAUAUAUGCAAGAGUUUCUCCUUUUAAUUUGUUGUAACUAAGGAAGCAAGCGCGCUUAUACAAUUUGAUUUUCGACGAGAAGUUACCUUUGAUGCGCUUAUACUUUUGUACUAGUAAACAAACCCGCGCGUCGCUGCGGGAUAAAGGUAAUCAAGUCGUGCAAAAUAAAGUUGCUAUCUUUCACAAUUGUGACCCAUAUCCAUUGUAUAUGAAUAUUAUC